UCUCACUCCUCUCUCGAGCCCACCCAUCCCCGACCCAACCCCGACCGGCGCCCACCCCCACCAUCCCCGACCGGCGCUGCCUUGAUCAGCAGCAGCAGCAGGUUGCGCCACCAUCCAGACCGGCGCCGCCUCGAUCAGCAGCAGCAGGAGGUCGCGCCACCAUCCCCGACCUUCUUACUCAAGGUGAGUGCUAGGGUUUAACGAAUUACAGAGUUGACACAGAGAAGAAGAAGAAGCAAAAAUGGGAGGUAAAGGGAAGAAGAGAAGAGAGAAGAAUUACAGAGCAGCUCAUGGAGGCACUUCUAGACUUCCUCCCCCACCCAACACCUCUUCUAUUGAUGCCAUUCCCUCUAAGCUUCGUCAAAUUAUGGCCUUUUCAGGGGAUGGGAAAGGUUCAUCGGAUAAUGCAGACAGGAAGAAAGGAGAUAGUGGUGGUAGUGCUAAUGGCAAGAGAAUACAUUCAGAAGAUCAAGUUCAAGCUAAAAAUGCAGGUAACAAACGGAAAGACGACAAAAGCAGUUUGAGUGAUGUUGGAGCAGAAGAAGCACAUCAGAAGAGAAAUAAAAAGAGAAAAAGAAAGGAAGUGAAGGACCUUCGGUUUGAUACAGCUGAACUGGGCAUUACUAGUUCAAAGAGAAAGGAGCGAAAGAAACAGCGUUUGGCAGAUAUGAAAAAGAAACACAAAAAGGGCAAUACUGAUGAACACAUGGAUUUUCCUGGUCGUGAGGAAAUAAAAUUUGGUGAAGUCGUUGAAGCUCCACCCAAGCUUGCAGUCCCAAAGGCAUUCAAGAAUAAUGCACAUGAUGCUUCAAAAGAAAGACUUCGAUUGCAAGCAGUUGAGGCCUAUAGGCAGCGGAAAGGAUGGACAUCAAGACUGGGCCUUCAGAUUUCUCCACCAAUCACCGAGACUCCAUUGGUAUAGUUAUCUCAGAGACAACUAGCUGGAUGGGUACAUGAUGCCAUGCAAACUAUCUACACUG